AUGGCGGGCAAGCGCCGCGCGGAUCCCGCGCUGCUUAAGAACCGCGUCCUGAACUCGUUGACUCGCCUCGCGGACCGCGACACGCUCGCCGUCGCGGCGAAGGAGCUCAAUCGCGCGAUAACGAGCGUCGCCGCGGAAGACCUCGGCAUCAUCGUCGCGUGCCUCGUGGACGACGCGUCGUCGUCGCCGAAGCCGAUCGCGCGCGCGGAGGUGCUCCGAUUGUUCGAGCUCGUCGCCACCACCCAGGGCGAACACGCGCUGUAUUACCUCCCUCGCAUGCUCACCGCGUGCACGCGUCGGUUCAGAGAUAUCGACACCGCGGUCCAGGACGCGUGCGUGGACGCCAUCGGCGCGCUCGCGCACUUCGCGGUUCGAUGCCGCCCGGGCGUGCACCUGGGGAACGUGAACGUCAUGGCCGGCCCGGAGGCGAUGGGCCCGCUCUUCGUCCGACCGCUGCUCGACGCCGUCGGCGACUGCAACUCGCGCGGGCCGCAGGACGUCGCGUGCAGGGCGCUCGCGAGGGUUUUUCGCAGGUGCGGGCCCGGCGUCGGCGGCGCGUGCGUCCCCGUGGGCGUGAACUGGUACAACGGCGAUCCGGGCGCGGGUCGGGGGUCUUCCGGCGGACCGGGGAAGCUCGGCGUGCGGCUGAUUCGGCAUCUCGAGUCGAAGACGUUUCACGCCGCGCCGGGGCUCAUCCGGGCGAUUGGGAGUCUGUUCGCCGCCGCCGCGCCCGCGAUGGCGCCGCAGCUGCCGGAGAUUUUAGGGAUCCCGAAGGAUGCGGACGGCGAGGGGGGACGCGCGGGAGCGUUCGCGGACGCGAGGCUGUUGUCGCAGUUUGAAUCCGAAGAUUGGCACGCGAGGAAAGAAACCGCGGACGCGCUCGUGGCGUUGAUGUACCACAUGGGCCCGACGAUGGACAUCGCGAUCGAGGACGUGCCUCUCAUGGGUCACAUAUCCCGCGCGCUGAGCGCGGCGAAGUUCGACAAGGUGAAACCCGCGAGAGACGCGGUCGCGGAGGCGACCGCGGUGGCGCGAGAGCUGACGACGUACGAGGGUCCCAAACACGACGUCGCGCGUUGGCGCGCGUGGGUGCGGCAUAAGGUUGGCGACGGCGUCGGCGCGCUCGCGGGGGACAUCGAGAACGGCGGCGGGCAAGCGUUGCGCGGGGCGUUAGGCACGGUGCAGAUGCGCGGGGCCGCGGGGGGAAGGGCGAGAGGGAGCGCGCCGCGGGGGAAAGGGGAGUUAUCGGAGGCGUUUUUAGAGGCGCAAAAGAAGGAGGACGUCGUGUUCGCGCCCGACAAAGGCGCGCCGCCGCCGCCGUUCACGAACGGGCCGGUCGUCACGCCGGCGCCGAAGGCGUCGGACGUAGACGGCGUCGGCGCGGUCGCGGGCGUGGAGACGCCCGCGCCGCCGCCGAAGAAGGGGGAACCAGAGGACGCGGGCGGCGGCGGGGACGGGGACGGGGACGGGGACGGGGACGGGGACGGCGAAAAGGAAGAGGAGGAUGAAAAGCAAAAAGGGUCCUCCGACGCUGCUGACGUCCGAAGCGUCGACGUCGCGAGAGGGAGCGUCUCGGAGGAUCCGUCCGGGCCGGACGCGUCCACGCGCGCGUCGUCGCCGCCGGUGUUGACCCCUCCCGCGCGCCCGCCAAGAGCGCCGCCGCGACGGCGACCGAGCGGGGCGCGCGACGAUUUCGAGCUGAACGAGGACGAGACCCCGGCGUGGGUCGCGCUCGCGUCGAGGUUGGACGACGGCGGCGGCGGCGGCGGCGAAAACGUCGACCCGCUGACGGACGUCGCGUCCGUCGCGAACGCCGCGAUGCGGAAACACGCGGACUGGAAGAGCACGCUGAACCCCCCGUCCGCGUCCGGCGACGCGAGUCGCGGCGACGUGCGCGCGCAGAUCGAGCUCCUCGCGGCGGCGCAGGCGACGGUGUUGGACCGCGUCGGGGUGUUCGUCUCGGAGACGACGGACGCGUUGCGCGCGUUGACGACGCGGUUCGAUCACCUGUCCGACGUGGUGACCGGGCUGGUGAACGCCGCGAACGCGAACGGCGGGGGGACCGCGAAACCGCCGCGCGCCUCGAGCGUCGCGAAGCCGCUCGAGGAGAGCUCGAAAGCCGCCGCCGCCGCGGCGAGGCUGGCGGAGGCGCGCGCGGCGAAAGCCGCCGCCGCCGCCGCGGAGGAGGAGCGUCGGAAGCUGCGGGAGGAACGCGCGGCGCUCGACGCGGAGAAGGCUGCACUCAGGGUCGCCGCGGCGCAGCUCGAGAGAGCGGCGGCGAACCUCGAGAAGGCGGUCCCCUCCGCGGGGGUGAAGGAGGCGGCGAAGUCCGUCGGCGCCGCCGCCGCGGAGUGAACGAAGACAUCCCAAAGUUAGUAGACUACGCGGCGGAGUCGCCGAUUACGAGUAGUCUAAGUACUCCACCCUCU